AUCUAACUCCAUCUCAGAAGUACACAGACUAUUUUUCAUUGGAAAAUGCAACGUAGUUUAUUAUUACUUAGAAAAUAGAUUUGUUUUGGUUAGGCUAAUAAUUACCGGUAUUAAUAGAUCUAGAUCUAAUUACUAGUUUACAAACUAACUUACCAAUGGAGGUUGAAUGGCCUGGGAGAUGGGAUCAUGUAAAGAAGAUAUUAGAACGCAGUGGGCCCUUUGCUCAUCCCGACUUUGAGCCUUCGCCGGACGUUCUGUCUUUUCUCAAGGACUCCUGUAAAGUGCUUGUGAUUGGAGCUGGUGGCUUGGGAUGUGAGCUACUUAAAGAUCUGGCCUUGAUGGGUUUCAGAGACAUUCAUGUUAUUGACAUGGACACAAUUGAUGUGUCUAAUUUAAAUAGACAGUUUCUAUUUAGAGCCAAAGAUGUUGGUAAAGCCAAAGCGGAUGUAGCAGCAGCAUUCAUCAACUCACGUGUUCCAGGGUGUAAAGUCACACCACAUUUUGCUAAAAUCCAAGAUUUUGAUGAGAGUUUUUACAGGGAUUUUCACAUAGUUGUCUGUGGGCUAGAUUCCAUUAUUGCGAGACGAUGGAUCAAUGGAAUGCUUAUAAGCAUGUUAAGAUAUGAAGAAGGCAUUCUUGACCAGUCUAGUUUGAUACCAAUGGUGGAUGGAGGGACAGAAGGCUUCAAAGGCAAUGCCAGAGUUAUCUUGCCAGGAAUUACUGCAUGUGUAGAGUGUACAUUAGGUCUUUACCCACCUCAGGUAAACUUUCCUCUAUGUACAAUAGCACACACACCUCGAUUACCUGAACACUGCAUUGAGUUUGUUAGGAUACUGUUGUGGCCUAAAGAGGAACCUUUUGGGGCUGGUGUUCCAAUAGACGGGGAUGACCCUAACCACAUAAAGUGGAUCUUAGAAAAGUCGCAGCAGAGGGCUAGUGAAUACAAUAUUUCAGGUGUCAACUACAGAUUAACUCAAGGUGUUGUGAAGAGGAUUAUGCCUGCUGUUGCCUCUACAAAUGCUGUUAUAUCUGCUGCCUGUGCAACUGAAGCGUUUAAACUAGCUACAAGCUGCUGUGUUCCAUUGAAUAACUACAUGAACUUCAAUGACACUAAUGGCGUCUAUACUUACACAUUUGAGGCUGAAAAACUGGAAGGAUGUCUAGCUUGCAGUGACAAGCCACAGAUACUUACGUUUACAGAGACAGAUAAACUGCAAGAUGUCAUCACAUACUUACAGGAGAAUGCCACAUACCAGAUGAAAUCACCGGGUGUGACAACAACUAUGGGCGGCAAGAACAAAACCUUGUACAUGCAGACAGUCAAAUCUAUCGAGGAGAAGACCAGGGAAAAUCUAAAGAAGUCUCUUAAAGAUUUAGCGCUAGAAAAUGGCCAGGAAAUCUAUGUUGCUGAUGUGACCACACCAAACACUCUGACAUUCCGGCUUCAACUAGGUGCAAAGAUGGAUAACUCUUAACAUUUGUCUUACAAGUUUUAUUGUUUUUAAUCAAUUGAUAGUUUAGUAAAUUCAUACAUUAUUCCUUUUUGAAGUCAAAUAACUUUUAGUUAAAAGUAAUAUUUUAAUUCAGAAUAUUUAUAUUUUGUGAAUAAUUUAUCCCAAUAAACAUGUCAGUGAAAUUUAGUUACAGCUGAGCAUAUUUGUUUUUAAAACUAUUGAUUUAAUAGAGUUGUUUAUUAACAGAAUAAACUUUGGAAUAUUGUUUUG